AUGCCACUGGGAGAUGAGGACGGCAACGGCUGGAAGAAGAAGACGGCCGAGAUCAAGGAGUUCUAUGACUUCAAAGAGGUGCUGGGGACGGGUGCGUUCUCUGAGGUGGUGCUUGCGGAGGAGAAGAGGACCCAGCGGCUGGUAGCCAUCAAGUGCAUCCCCAAAAAGGCCCUGGAGGGGAAGGAGAACAGCAUCGAGAACGAGAUCGCCGUCUUACACAGAAUAAAGCACACCAAUAUUGUGACACUGGAAGACAUCUUCGAGAGCCAAUCACACCUUUACCUGGUGAUGGAACUAGUGUCAGGGGGCGAGCUGUUUGAUAGGAUCGUGGAGAAGGGUUUCUACACAGAGCGGGACGCCAGCAAGCUCAUCUGCCAGAUCCUGGACGCUGUCAAGUACCUACAUGACAUGAACGUCGUACACAGAGACCUGAAGCCAGAGAACCUGCUGUACUACAGUAUGGAGGAAGACUCCAAGAUCAUGAUCAGUGACUUCGGCCUGUCCAAGAUCGAGGACUCUGGCAGUGUCAUGUCCACGGCCUGCGGCACGCCUGGAUAUGUGGCCCCUGAGGUGUUGGCCCAGAAACCCUACAGCAAGGCAGUGGACUGCUGGUCCAUCGGCGUCAUCUCUUACAUCCUUCUGUGUGGAUACCCACCGUUUUAUGAUGAAAACGAUGCCAAGCUGUUUGAGCAGAUUCUGAAGGCAGAGUACGAGUUUGACUCUCCGUACUGGGACGACAUAUCAGACUCAGCCAAAGAUUUCAUCUGCCAUCUGAUGGAGAAGGACCCAGCCGAGCGCUUCACAUGUGAACAGGCUCUGCAGCACCCCUGGAUUUCUGGCGACACGGCUCUCGAUAAGAACAUCCACGAGUCUGUCAGUGCUCAGAUUAAGAAGAACUUUGCCAAGAGCAAGUGGAAGCAAGCGUUCAAUGCCACGGCGGUGGUGCGGCACAUGAGGCGACUGCAGCUGGGCACCACGCAGAUCAACACCACCAGCCCCUGCCACGGCCACCUCCUGCUGCCCACAGAGGAGGUCACAGAGGAGCCCGAGGAGGAGGAGCAGGAGGAGGAAGAGGAGGAGGAAGGCUCUCCAUGUGGAGAGGAGCGUAGGGGCAGUGCGGACCGGGACAGCUUGCGCAGCUGUGCUUACUGCUGUCGACCGUCCAGCCGGGUCUGAGUGCAGUACCACACGGACCGCACCUAGAACCUAAAAAAGAACACAGAACACAGAACACAGAA